AGCCAGCAUGGCUGAGACCUCGCCGCCGCCCACCGCCGGCGCGGAAAGUUGUAGCGAGGAGCCGGCGAGGGGUGGGAAGCAGCGGCCGGAGGAGCCGCGCCGCGCUCCAGCCGGGGGUGCGGACCGGGAGGACGAGGCGGGGCCGCCGCUGGCCUCCCCCGCGGGGCAAUCGGAGCCCGGCUCUCCGGUGGCCGCCCCCUUCUUCCUGCUCUACCCGGGCGAUGGAGGCGCCGGCUUCGUAGCGCGCCCGCCGCCGCAGCAGCAGCGCUCCUGGAGGACCCCGCCGUCGCCGGGCUCCCCGCUGCCCUUCCUGCUGCUGAACUACCCGAGCGGGGGCGGCGGCGGCGGCAAACACCAUCCUAAUUAUCUCAUGGCUAACGAACGCAUGAACCUGAUGAACAUGGCCAAGCUGAGUAUCAAGGGCUUGAUCGAAUCUGCUCUGAACCUGGGGAGAACUCUGGAUUCUGACUACGCACCUCUGCAGCAGUUCUUUGUGGUGAUGGAGCACUGCCUGAAACACGGCUUGAAAGCUAAGAAAACUUUUCUUGGACAAAAUAAAUCCUUCUGGGGGCCUCUAGAACUGGUAGAAAAGCUUGUUCCAGAAGCUGCAGAGAUAACAGCAAGUGUUAAAGAUCUUCCAGGACUUAAAACACCUGUAGGCAGAGGAAGAGCCUGGCUUCGUCUGGCACUAAUGCAAAAGAAACUUUCAGAAUACAUGAAAGCUUUGAUCAAUAAGAAGGAACUUCUCAGUGAAUUCUAUGAACCCAAUGCCCUCAUGAUGGAAGAAGAAGGAGCUAUAAUUGCUGGUCUAUUGGUGGGCCUGAAUGUCAUUGAUGCCAAUUUCUGUAUGAAGGGAGAAGAUUUGGACUCUCAGGUUGGAGUUAUAGAUUUUUCAAUGUAUCUCAAGGAUGGGAACAGCAGUAAAGGUAGUGAAGGAGAUGGCCAGAUUACUGCAAUCCUGGAUCAGAAGAAUUAUGUAGAAGAACUCAACAGACACCUGAAUGCUACUGUAAACAACCUUCAGGCAAAAGUGGAUGCAUUAGAAAAAUCCAACACUAAACUGACAGAGGAGCUUGCAGUUGCGAACAACAGAAUUAUCACCUUGCAAGAAGAAAUGGAACGAGUUAAAGAGGAAAGCUCCUACAUAUUGGAAUCUAAUCGGAAGGGUCCUAAGCCAGACCGGACUUCAGAAGGGCAAGCACUGAGUGAAGCCAGGAAGCACUUAAAGGAAGAGACGCAACUACGACUGGAUGUUGAAAAAGAACUGGAAAUGCAGAUCAGCAUGAGACAGGAGAUGGAAUUGGCUAUGAAGAUGCUGGAGAAGGACGUCUGUGAGAAGCAGGACGCCCUGGUGUCUCUGCGGCAGCAGCUGGACGAUCUUAGAGCUCUUAAGCAUGAACUUGCCUUCAAGCUGCAGAGUUCGGACUUGGGAGUAAAACAGAAAAGUGAACUGAACAGUCGCUUAGAAGAGAAGACUAAUCAGAUGGCUGCUACCAUUAAACAACUGGAACAAAGAUUGCGCCAGGCUGAGCGAGGCCGCCAGUCUGCUGAACUGGACAACCGGCUCUUCAAGCAGGACUUCGGAGACAAGAUCAACAGUCUGCAGCUGGAAGUGGAAGCGCUCACCAGGCAGCGGAAUCAUCUUGAGUUAGAGCUAAAACAGGAAAGAGAAAGAAGGUUACAAAACAGCAGGAGCAUCCCAGGAAAGGGAUCCCAGAAGCCAGAACCCAAAAUGGAUGGGAAGCACAAAAUCCAAGAAGAAAAUGUUAAACUAAACAAGCCCCUGGAAGAAAGCCACAGGCUGCAGUCUCACCCUGUGGAUCAACAGGAUCAGCCGUUGCCCUCCGAAAAGCCACAGAAGUCUUGUCAGCUAUGCCAGGAAGACUGCGGCCUAACAAAGAAUGUAUGUAGGAACUGCAGAGGAACCUUCUGUAACAUCUGCUCAACAAAUGAACUGCCUCUUCCUUCAAGUAUCAAGCCUGAGCGAGUUUGCAAUCCCUGCCACGAGCAUCUGAUGAAACAAUAUUCCACCAGUCCAUCAUAAGAUGGAGGCUAAGAUCUGGACCAGAAUGUAUCCACCCAUGUUAGAUGUCGGAAUCCCCUAGUGCAGACUUUAGAACCAACUUGAGUUGAUAGGAAUGCUUUAAAUAAACCAGGUCCAGGAAGAAAAGGCAGUGGUUAGCAGUGCUGGAAAUUUGCGUGUUUUCUCUAACGACUGUAUGAAUAAAAGUUACUCAUUUGAGCCUCUCUCUGCUAAAUCUAAACAACCUCACUUUGAAGCAUUGAUCUUAUAGCUUGUCUUUGGAAGGGCUAUUCAUUUUUAUGAAUAGUGAUAUUAAUACUGAGCUGCAUGUUAAAGGAGAGAGGGUCCUUAGUGAAGAAGAAUAAAAAAGAAAAUGAUCAUCCCUUUAUUAUAUAUGGAGAUUCAAGAGGGAAAGAUCAUUGUUAACCGAGAUUGAAAUGAUGGAGGUUACAUGUUCUCUCAGGUGCUGCUAGACAUAAACAUUUAUUUCCUCUUUACCCCUACUACCUACCUCUUCUUUAAAAGAGCUCUACCAAACUGUGAACCCAAACUCAGGGAAAAGAAAUUAAAGAGUAAUAUAAAUUUUGAAUGUACUUAAAACAAUAUUAUAAUGUAUUAUAGUUUUAGGACCAGAAUUUUCUAGUUCUGGCCUACAUGUUUUCACUAUCAAAAUAAAGAGGAAGAAUGUUUGCCGUUUUUCCAUUUAGUGACUUCGAAAGUAAAUACCUGCCCUUUUCAGAAUCUGCUACGCAACAAGCCAGCUCUUCCCCAGUCUCCCUCCUCUCUGGGUCAUGGAAAUUAUAAGGGGUUUUAAAGAUAGGGUUUGACUUUCGCAAACAGGAAGUACUAAAGCAAAGCCAUGUCAGGUGUAGAGUGAAGAAAUUUAAUUUGUCCAUGGCUGAGAAUAAUUAGCUGAGAAUAUUUGUUAAAUUCUUUUGUGAAUAAGGGAUUCCUUAUUCCAUGCCAAGAUUCAGAACUGGUAGACAGGUUUUUUGGAAAGUAUGAUACUCAAAACAGUUCUUAGCAACAAACCCUUUGGGGAAAAAAAAGAGACGUGCAUUCAGCAGGGGAAGGCAAGAAAUGGUCUAUGCUCUUUGGAUUAUGUUGCAUGUACAUAGAUUGUUUGAUUCCAAUUAAAACCUAAGAAGAUAAGAUUCUGUUAACUGGUUUAGAGUUAUGGGGUGGAAACAUCCUGGAACUAUGAUAUUUGAUAAAUCCUGUUUCCUGAAAAGAGUGAUAGCCCAGGAAAGUGUGACCUGUUACUUGGUGGAUAUAAUUUUUAAGAG